AUGGCGGAUUCUAAAGGAAAGCCUUCCCAUUUAAAUGGAGACGAUACUCGUAUGCCAGAUUUUGAACUUCUUCUUGUCAAUUCACCUUAUAAUUUUGGUAAACUACUUAAAAGCUUUCAAAUAUUUUUACUAAAGGAAAGCAGAUUCGUUAGUGAGGUAACUGUCCUCACAUUAUAUUAUUUAGAUCCACUUAUCUUACAAGUCAAUAUUGACUUUCAACAUCAGAACUCUUGA